AUGGCCGCCGCUGCUGCAUCUGCAGCUGAGCUCGAUCCGAGCAACAGCUCAAAGAACACCCUCAAACUCGAAAACACCGAAAAGCGAGACACCUUGAUUGCGAUCGAAAAGAAGUACCAGGCACAAUGGAAGGAAAACAAGGUCUUCGAAGUCAAUGCGCCCUCGUUCGAGGAAGCCCCCCAGGGCUCUAUGACCCCCGACGAACUCCGUGAGAAGUACCCCAAGUUCUUCGGUACCAUGGCCUAUCCUUACAUGAACGGUACUCUGCAUGCCGGACACAGUUUCACUGCCAGUAAGGUAGAGUUUAUGGCUGGAUUUGCCCGCAUGGAGGGCAAGCGUGCCCUUUUCCCUCUGGGUUUCCACUGCACCGGUAUGCCCAUCAAGGCCUGUGCCGAUAAGCUUGCCAACGAGGUCAAAAAGUUCGGCCAAAACUUCGAAGGAUACAACGAGGAGGAAGAGGCUGCCAAGGACACCAUCCCAGCACCCACACAAGAGGUCAAUGCCCAGACCGAGAAGUUCUCCGGCAAGAAGAGCAAGGCCGCUGCCAAGACCGUGAAGAUGAAGUACCAAUUCCAGAUCAUGUUGGCAAUUGGUGUUCCUCUGGAGGAUAUUCACAAGUUCGCCGAUGCCGCUCACUGGCUAGACCACUUCCCCCCUCUUGCCAUCCGUGAUCUUGACAGCAUGGGUGCCCGUGUCGACUGGCGCCGACAGUUCGUCACCACCGACGCCAACCCCUACUACGAUGCUUUCGUGCGCUGGCAGAUGAACCGUCUGCAUGAGCUUGGAAAGAUCAUGUACGGCAGCCGCUACACCAUUUACUCGCCUAAGGACGGUCAGCCUUGUAUGGAUCACGACCGCACUGAAGGUGAGGGUGUCGGUCCCCAGGAAUACUCUGCUAUCAAGCUUCAGGUCAAGGAGUGGUCUCCCAAAAUGACCGAGCUUGUGAAGGGUAAGAUUGAGGAUGACGCCAAGGUCUACUUCAUUCCUGCUACUCUACGGCCCGAGACUAUGUAUGGCCAGACUAGCUGCUUCGUCGGCCCCAAGAUUAACUAUGGACUCUUCAAGCUGAAGGACAAAGAGUACGCUGUGGUCACCAAGCGUGCUGCCUGGAACAUGGCUUUCCAGGGCCACUUCUUCGGCGAGAAGUUCCCCAAGACUCAAGACGAACUUCCACAAGUUCUUGAGGCACCGGGUUCUGCCUUCGUUGGAACCCUGGUCAACGCUCCCCUUUCUUUCCACACCGAGGGUAUCCGCAUUCUGCCCAUGGAGAGUGUUUCAGCCUCCAAGGGUACUGGUGUUGUCAGCUGUGUGCCCUCCGACAGCCCCGAUGAUUACGCAACUAUCAUGGAUCUGGCCAAGAAGGCUGAAUACUACGGCAUUAAGAAGGAAUGGGCUGAGCUGGAGAUUUUCCCCCUUAUCGAAACCCCCACCUACGGCAACCUGACCGCCGCUGCUUUGGUCAAAGAAUUGAAGAUCAACUCUCCCAAGGACGCCGUUCUUCUUGCUAAGGCCAAGGAGCUGGCCUAUAUGGAAGGAUUCUACAAGGGUACCAUGCUGGUUGGCGAGUUCAAGGGUGAGUCAGUCCAAGAAGCCAAGGACAAGGUCCGCCAGGCUCUUUACGCCAGUGGCGAUGCUUUCCCCUUCGCGGACCCCAUGGGCAAGGUUGUCAGCCGUAGUGGUGACGACUGUGUCGUUGCCUACCUGGGACAGUGGUUCCUGAACUACGGCGAGAACGAUGCCGAGUGGCAGCAGGAGACCCUGAACCACGUUGUCAACAACCUCAACACCUACUCCGCCGAGUGCAAGAAUGGAUUCGAGAAGAACCUGUCAUGGCUGAACCGCUGGGCUUGUGCCCGAACCUACGGCCUUGGGUCUCAGCUGCCAUGGGACAAGCAGUUCCUGGUCGAGAGUCUGAGUGACAGUACCGUGUACAUGGCCUACUACACCAUUGCCCACCUCCUACACGGUGAUCGCUACGGUAAGACCACUGGUUCCCUGAAGAUCACCGCAGACCAAAUGACCGAUGAGGUCUGGGACUACGUCUUUACCCGCCGCGAGAUCAGCGACGAGCUUGUCUCCAAGAGCGGUAUCAGCAAGGAAUCUCUGCAGCAAAUGCGCCGCGAGUUCGAAUACUGGUACCCUCUGGAUGUCCGUGUUUCCGGCAAGGACUUGAUCCAAAACCAUUUGACUUUCUUCCUGUACAUCCACAUUGCUCUCUUCCCCAAGGAGUACUGGCCCCGUGGUGUCCGUGCCAAUGGUCACUUGCUCCUCAACGGUGAGAAGAUGAGUAAGAGUACCGGUAACUUCCUGACUCUUAAGGAUGCCGUCGACAAGUUCGGCGCUGACGCUACCCGUAUUGCAUUUGCUGAUGCUGGUGACAGCAUUGAGGAUGCUAACUUUGAAGAGAGCGUCGCCAACAGCAACAUUCUGCGUCUCUACACCCUGAAGGAGUGGAUCGAGGAGAUCGUCAAGGACGAGACUCUUCGUACCGGUGCUGCCGAUGCCUUCGCUGACAAGCUCUUCAACAAUGAGCUUAGCGGUCUGGUCCGCGAGACCCACAAGCACUACCAGGACACUAACUUCAAGCUUGCUCUGAAGUCUGGCCUGUACGACUUCACCAGUGCCCGUGACAGCUACCGUGAGGCUGCCACUGCUGCUGGCGUUGGCAUGCAUCGCGAUACAGUCCUGCGCUACAUCGAGCUGCAGGUCCUCAUGCUUGCUCCCAUCAUUCCCCACUGGGCUGAACACAUCUGGCUCACGGUCCUCAAGAAGUCCGAGUCUAUUCACUUCGCCCAGUUCCCCACCGUGCCCGAGCCUUCGCACGAGCUGACCGCCGCUCAAAACUACGUCCGUGGCACCGCAAGCAACAUCAUGGGUUCAGAGGCCAACUUCGCCAAGAAGCUCUCCAAGGGCAAGGCCGCGACCUUUGAUCCCCGCAAGCCCAAGAAGCUUACCAUUUACGUUGCCAAGAAGUUCCCCGCCUGGCAGGAGAAGUACAUUGAUUUAGUGCGCGAUGCCUUCGACGCGCUUACCAUCUCUUUCGACGACAAGGAGCUCAACUCCAAGGUUGGCAAGCUCGGUGAAAUGAAGAAGGCCAUGCCCUUCGUCCAGACCCUGAAGCGCCGCCUGGUUAAUGGCCGGGAAGCUCCUGAAAACGUCUUCGAACGCAAGCUUCCCUUCGACGAGUUUGCCGUUAUCGCCGAGAUGGUGGUUGGUCUCAAGCGCACUGGUGGCUUCCGAGAAAUCGAUGUCAUUGCUGUUGAUGAGGGUGGCAAGACUGGUGAGGUUGUUGGCACUGGUGAGAAGCGCGAGGGUCUGUCGGCUGAGAACGCAGUGCCUGGACAACCCACAUUCCAGUUCACCAACGUCGAGUAG